GUCCGGUUGGAAGAAAAUAAGUGAAAGUCCCGGUAAGCUAUCAGUAUCUACAGCCUGUAUACGCAGAGUGAUAAAUUGUGUACCGUCCGAUCUAACUGUACCAUUAAAAAGCAGAGCGCAAUAUACUGGAGCUGCUAUGAUGUACGAAUCCCGUUGACUGCAUAGCCUAUCUUUCAAAGACGAGGCCUCCGAUUCUCUCUGCUAAUAAGCAGAAACAUCCGUCCUCGGUCAACAUUUGGAUUGGAAGGGAGCAAAAAUACUGGAUUUUGAAGGAUUUUGCAUCAGAUAAAUUGCUGUGCUUCUAAUUACAAUUGCGAGACUGAUGGGUAUGCAAUUAAAUCAUCAUCAAGGGAAUCCAGAGGUCCUGCUGUUCUGGAGGUGAGCUGAAGCAUUGGUUGGAUGAUCUUGAUAAUUGUGGGUGCACGUAAAAAUUAUCUGGCUAAAUUUGAUUCCAUUGCUUUGGAGAGAGGACGCUUAGAAGCAGUCAUAGAAAAAUGUGCUGGCUUGUAGUGUUUGUGAUUUUGUCAAUGCAGUGGUCUACUAUUGCAUCAAAUUCUGAGGGUGAUGCGUUAAAUACAUUUAGGCAGUCUCUGAAUGAUUCCAAAAGUUUGCUCAACGAUUGGAAUGUUGAUUUAGUGGAUCCUUGCAGCAGCUGGUCCCAUGUCAGUUGUGUUAAUGGUCAUGUUGCAUCUGUAACUUUGGCGAACAUGGGAUUUCAAGGGACCAUCUCACCUUCAAUUGGCAAUCUGAAAUUCCUGACCUACCUGACAUUAGAAGGUAAUGAUCUAACAGGUGAAAUACCACCUGAACUUGGGAACAUGACAAGUCUACAGAACCUGAAUUUAGCAAACAACCACCUCACUGGAAAUAUAUCAAGUUCUUUGGGCAAGCUUUCAAAUCUUCAAUACCUGGUACUAGGACACAACAAUCUUAGCGGAGUGAUUCCACCUUCUCUGUCAGCAAUUCAAAAUUUAAUUGAACUGGACCUCUCUUCUAAUAACCUCAUUGGAGAAAUACCAGAAUCCUUAUUUAAAGUGCAUAAGUAUAAUUUUACCGGGAAUCACUUUAAUUGUUCAAAGUUGCCGCAUACCUGUGCUUCGAUUUCCUCUUCAAACUCAGGUUCCUCAAAGAGGUCAAAGAUUGGAAUCCUGGCCGGAAGUAUUGGAGGAGUUGUAGUUUUAAUUUUGGCUGCAGGUUUAGUUUUUCUUUUGUUACAGGGUCGACACCGAGGUUAUAAGCGAGAAGUUUUUGUAGAUGUCUCUGGUGAGGAUGACCGGAAGAUCGCUUUUGGGCAGUUGAAGAGAUUUUCUUGGCGCGAGUUGCAACUAGCAACUGAUAGCUUUAGUGAGAAGAACGUGCUUGGACAGGGAGGCUUUGGCAAAGUCUACAAAGGGAUUCUUGGAGAUAACACAAAGGUUGCAGUAAAACGGUUGACUGACUAUCACAGCCCUGGUGGAGAGGCAGCAUUUCUGCGGGAAGUUGAGAUGAUUAGUGUGGCAGUGCACCGGAAUCUUCUGCGUUUGAUAGGGUUUUGUGUUGCACCAUCAGAACGGCUUCUUGUUUAUCCUUAUAUGCAAAACCUUAGUGUUGCACAUAGACUAAGGGAACUAAAACCUGGGGAGAAGGUUUUGGAUUGGCCAACUAGGAAACACAUUGCCUUAGGUGCAGCCCGUGGGUUGGAGUACCUUCAUGAACAUUGCAAUCCUAAAAUAAUUCACAGGGAUGUGAAAGCUGCUAAUGUUUUACUUGAUGAGGAUUUUGAAGCUGUUGUUGGUGAUUUUGGCCUAGCAAAGUUGGUUGAUGCGAGGAAGACCCAUGUGACAACCCAAGUGCGUGGGACCAUGGGUCACAUUGCUCCAGAGUACUUAUCAACUGGGAGGUCAUCGGAGAGGACAGAUGUUUUUGGAUAUGGCAUUACACUUUUGGAGCUUGUUACAGGACAACGUGCUAUUGACUUUUCACGACUAGAAGAAGAAGAUGACGUUCUAUUACUUGACCAUGUCAAAAAGUUGCAAAGGGAAAAACGUUUGGAUGCAAUUGUGGAUGCAAACCUAAAGCAGAACUACGAUGCGAAGGAAGUUGAAGCCAUAAUUCAGGUGGCAUUGCUGUGCACACAAACCUCGCCAGAGGAUCGACCUACCAUGACUGAAGUGGUCCGCAUGUUGGAAGGAGACGGUUUGGCUGAACGCUGGGAAGAAUGGCAGCAGGUUGAAGUCAUUCGUCGACAAGAAUAUGAAAUGAUGCCUAGGAGGUUUGAGUGGGCUGAGGAUUCUAUUUAUAACCAGGAUGCAAUUGAGCUCUCUGGUGGAAGAUAAGAGGUACUACAUCUGUCUAUUAUUAUUUGUCUAUUCUUUCUCUUUGAGAGUUUGCUGUCGUUGCCUGGUUCAAAGAAAUGAAGGCCUAGCAAGAUGUAUUGUACUAUUAUUACAAAGACAUUUUAUCUCUACAUGAGAAUAUUUCUUCCUAAAUGUAUCCUUCAUGAGAUUAAACCUUCUGAUUACAGCGUCGUUAUGAAGUUAUGAAAAAUGUUCAUAGUA